AUGGCCUUCAAAAUCGACCAAUUCGUUUGGAGCGAUUUCUCAGAAGAGUAUGUGCCGACUGACCGUAAACACACGUUCUACCCUUCGGUGAUCAUCAAUGAACAUCUUUACGAAGUAAAGAUCACGGACGUUCCAGUCAUUCCUUAUUUCCCCAUCAAUUCUUAUUACGAGUGGGCGCAUUACCGCUUUUAUGGCUUAAGAAAUGCUACAGCUUACAUUCUAGUUUUCGACUUAUCUAACGUUGAGACUUUUCAGUAUAUCAGAACUUUAAGAGACCAGAUGGUAGAGAGUAGGGACAUGAGAAAUGUCCCGGUGCUAGUUGUUGGUAAUAAACAAGAUUUAUUGUGCAGUAAUACUCCAUCUGCUGCGAGUGGUUUACAACAGUUGGCUAUAGCAGAAAGCGCUUGCGGUGAUUCAAGAGAAAAGAGACGAAAUAUAGUGAAUCUUGUACGGAAACAUUGGAAGUGUGGUUAUGUGGAAUGUUCGGCCAAGUAUAACUGGAGAGUGAUAGCUGUGUUUAAGGAACUAAUGGAGAUGAUCGAUGCUUUGGAAUGGAGUGGUGGUGGUAGAAGUGCUGAACCACCUCCUGAUUCUUCAGCAGGUGGUGGUGCCGGCUCUCACGAGAAUCGUUGUGUGAUUGCUUAA